CCGGGCCUUGUGAAGCAAUGUGAAGCACAAAGGGUGGAACUUAAGAGAUCUCGAGAGCUAUGACGCCUCAAAGCCGAGCGAUGCUCUGGGCGCUUUUGACCUUGCUGCUGCCCCGAUCGGUGCACCGGAAAAUGGCCGGGUCUGUGUGGUCCAUCUCUCGCAAUGCAAGAGUCAAUGCAGCCUGGUCAGCCUUUUGUGCAGCUUUGGCGUUGCACUCCUUGCGGGCAUGUUGGAUGGAGUCAUGGCAAAAGGGUCUACGUGGCAUGCUGGCGCACGUUUCCAAACACAUUUUGGCUGCUGCUUGCAGCUUGCCAUAUGUGCGCAGCAUUGUGGACCGUGAAGUGGGCAAAGAACUUGCAGCAAUCGAGAAGAAGAUGCACGGAAAUGGAGAUUCACAAGCCAUGGUGACGCUGCCACAUGAGGCCAUGUCUUCUUCCGAAAUCUGGCACCAGAUCCAAGAACUUCAUGCAGCAGAAGCAUCAGUCUACGUUGGCGUUGCAAAAAAGUGGGCUGGCAUUUAUCACUCGCCAGAUGGAGAGCUAGUGGAUUUGCAAAAUCGGGUUUGGAGCCUCUACAACUGUUCCAACACACUCUAUGAGGGCGUUUUCCCUUCAGUUCGGAAGUUUGAAGCGGAGCUGAUCAGCUGGGUGCUGCAUCUCCUGCAUGCAGACAGUGGAAGCGCAGGCAGCACAGGCAGCACUUCGUCCGCGUGUGGUUUGCUGACCUCUGGUGGCACAGAGUCCGUGUUGUUAGCUGCGUUGAGCUACCGAGAACUGGGAUUGCAAAGAGGUGUCGCCACCCCUCGUGUACUGGCAGCCAAUACCUGUCACCCAUGCAUUGUGAAAGCGUGCCACUAUUUUGGAAUGAAGUUGACGAAGAUCAAAGUUGAUGCAUCUACUGGAUUUGCUCUUACUGCUGCAGCUGUCAAGAGACAUAUCACCAGCGACGUCGUUUGUCUCUAUGCAUCUGCACCAACUUUUCCUCAUGGAGUCAUUGAUCAUGUUGAGGACCUUGGACGUCUAGCAGAGUCGAAGGGUAUUGGCCUGCACGUCGACAACUGCUUGGGAGGAAUCCUUUUGUCAUAUUUGGACUCCCAGAACUUAACUCCAGGCCAUCAACUUUGGGACUUCCGAGCCAAGGGUGUGACAUCCAUCAGCGUGGAUAUUCACAAGUAUGGCAAUGCAUCCAAAGGCGUCAGCGUCGUGGCGUUUCGGGAUCAAAACUUGCGGAGAUUAACAUAUGUCCCCGUGACGGACGGUUGCGAAGGCCUUUACAUCACGCCAACUAUGCAAGGAGCUCGGGGGGGUGCAGUGAUUGCUCAAGCCUGGGCAACAAUGCUUAGUUUUGGGCAGGCAGGUUAUGAACACUUUGCAGCUGAAAUCCACAAGUCCCACAUCAGAUGCCAAGAAAUUGUGAAUAGCAUCCCAGGAUUGUUUGUGCUCUGCAAGUGCCACUCCUGCAUUGUUCCAGUGGGUUCCAAUAAGUACAACAUCUACGCUGUCGCUUCUGUUUUGGAAGAGAAAGGCUGGAACCUAGCAACUGGACAGAAUCCGCCCUAUCUGGGUAUCUGUAUUGGAGAGAGGCAUUCCCAGAUUUUAGAUUCUUUUGAAGAAGAUUUGUGCUCUACUGUUGCCUUCCUUGAUGGCAAUCCCAGCUACAAGCCAGCAGGGGCAGCAGCUGUGUAUGGAGCUAUGUCCACUACUCCCACUGCAAUUUUAGAAGAAGUAGUCAAACGGUACGUUGAUAUGCGAUUAUGGGUGAAACCCAAGGCUGAUAGCGGCUGAUAGUGAUAGUUAAGCUGAACUGCCCACAUACACUCCCUCUUGAUGCAUUUGGCCGAGAUCCAAUGGGGAGAAAGAGACGUGAAACGCCGGGUGGGUGGUUGACACUCAGGGAUUGCGCGGGGCACGGUCUUCCUGCAACAGUAUGCAAACAUGCCAUGUAGGGUUGCGGCAUUGAAUCCCUUUGUACAUCUUUGUGCUGAAUGAUCCUUCAAUAUUUCUCGGUUUGAAUGUCUGAAGCCUGAAGAUGCAAUACAGACUUGCUACUUUGCACAGUCUUCUUGGACAGCAAGUUCAGAGCUGGGCGAAGCUAAAUGCCGAAGUGAAGUUGCAGAGCAAGUUUGCUGUUGAUUCUGUGGAAAUAAAUCGAAGAGAGAGAGAGAGAGAGUCACUGUUAGUCCUUGUUGGCGACCGAUUAAAAUCAGACUCGUUCGUUGCGUUUUGUUGC